UUAGCGGCCGAGCAGUGGGGUUUGGUCCGCAGGCGGCCGGGUCUGGGCCAGUAAGCGAGUGGGACCUGGGAACCAAAGGUAGCAGAUCGCUGUGGCGCCUGCCCGGAGCAACACGUCGCCAGGACUGUGUCGCCGCCGCACCUGCCCCGCUCGGUGUUCUCUCCUCAGUCCCCGCCAUGCAGCGCCAGGUCCAGCGGCUUCGCCAGGCGUUCCGGUCCGGCCGAUCGAGACCGCUGCGUUUCCGACUGCAGCAGCUCGAGGCCCUGCGGAGGAUGGUGCAGGAGCGAGAGAAAGACAUCUUGGCAGCCAUCGCAGCGGACCUGAGCAAGAGUGAACUCAAUGCAUACAGUCAUGAAGUCAUCACCAUCCUUGGGGAAAUUGAUUUUAUGCUGGGGAAUCUUCCUGAAUUGACUUCCCCUAAACCAGCUAAGAAGAACCUGCUUACCAUGUUGGAUGAUGCCUAUGUUCAGGCAGAGCCUCUGGGAGUCGUACUGAUUAUCGGAGCUUGGAACUACCCUUUUGUACUUACCAUGCAGCCGCUGGUGGGAGCCAUCGCUGCAGGAAAUGCCGCCAUUGUUAAGCCUUCAGAACUAAGUGAGAACACUGCCAGGAUCUUGGCUCAACUCCUCCCUCAGUAUUUAGACCAGGACCUGUAUGCGGUCGUGAAUGGCGGUGUUGCAGAAACCACAGAGCUCCUGAAGCAGCGGUUCGACCACAUUCUCUAUACAGGAAACACUGCAGUGGGAAAAAUUGUCAUGGAAGCUGCUUCCAAGCAUCUGACCCCCGUGACCCUGGAACUUGGGGGUAAAAGCCCAUGUUACAUUGACAGGGACUGUGACCUGGACGUUGCUUGCAGACGCAUAACUUGGGGAAAGUACAUGAAUUGUGGCCAGACCUGUAUUGCUCCUGACUACAUCCUGUGCGAAGCCUCCCUCCAGGAUCAAGUCGUACAGAAGGUUAAGGAAACGGUGAAGGACUUUUAUGGAGAAAAUGUAAAAGAGUCUCCUGAUUAUGAAAGGAUCAUCAAUCUUCGUCACUUUAAGAGGCUACAAAGUUUGCUUGAAGGACAGAAAAUAGCCUUUGGUGGGGAGACUGAUGAGGCUACACGCUACAUAGCCCCGACCAUACUUACUGAUGUUGAUCCUAAUUCCAAGGUGAUGCAAGAAGAGAUUUUUGGACCAAUUCUUCCAAUAGUGUCUGUGAAAAAUGUCGAUGACGCCAUAGACUUCAUAAAUGACCGUGAAAAGCCCCUGGCGCUCUACAUAUUUUCUCGUAACAACAAGCUCAUCAAACGGGUGAUUGAUGAAACGUCCAGUGGUGGAGUCACAGGCAAUGAUGUCAUCAUGCACUUCACUGUCAAUUCUCUGCCCUUUGGAGGUGUGGGUGCCAGUGGAAUGGGAGCUUAUCAUGGAAAAUACAGUUUUGAUACCUUUUCUCACCAUCGCCCCUGCUUACUGAAAGGGUUAAAGGGAGAAACUGCUAACAAGCUCAGGUACCCUCCCAACAGCGAGUCCAAGGUCAGCUGGGCCAAGUUCUUCCUGCUGAAACAGUUCAACAAAGGAAGGCUGGGGAUGCUGUUGGUCAUGGGCUUGGUUGUGGUGGCUGCUGUGAUUUUCAAGAAAUACCAAGCUCUGCCGAAGGGAGAGGCCCUGUUGGCUUCUCUGAUAGCUCACAGGCUGCGCUGGCCCAGUAAACACUGAUGAUCAGACCUCAGCUGUCUGUUGAGAGUGAGGUAGGAGCUUCCUGCUUUCUUUCUGUGUAUGAGGUGGGCCAGGUUGGGUUCUGUGUGGUUUUAGUUGUUUCUACAGCUGGAGGUUUAAUGUCACUGACAGAAGGAUGUUUAACUUACUUACGUAUAUUGGACCUUGGUCCAGCUAAUCAGUGUUAAAAUUUAAUUUAGGCAUCACUUAAAGGGGACAGGGACAGGCACUGGUAAUCUGAGAGAAAUGUAUAGGAGUAACAUCUAGGCUGGUCUGGUGCAGCCUGCAUCCUGACUAAAAGCAAAUGGCCACACGUGGAGCUGUAUUGUUUUCUGGGUCAGCUCAGGAGGAC